CUAACAUCCAUUCACAAUUUCACAGUCCACUUCACUCUCCAAAAUGUUAAACUGCGUCGUUUUGUUUAUCUUCUUUGUUGCCUUCUUCCAAGGUUUUCUCUCCACCAACUGUCACUCUGGAGUCAUUCUCCCGACUCAACUCCACCGUGUGAGUAGUCCAUCGCUUAACCUUAACCUCGACUACCAACCGGUGAUCGGAAUUCUCAGCCACCCUGGGGAUGGCGCUUCUGGCCGCAUCAGUAAUGCUACGGAAGCUUCCUUUAUUCACGCAUCGUAUGUUAAGCUUGUGGAGGCUGCUGGCGGUAGAGUUGUUCCUCUCAUUUACAAUGAGCCACAGGAGAAGCUUCUCAAGAAGCUGGAAUUGAUAAAUGGGGUUCUCUUCACUGGUGGAUGGGUUAAAGAUGGUCCAUAUUUUGAAACUGUUGAAAGAGUAUUUAAGAAAGCUUUAGAGAAAAAUGAUGCUGGAGACCAUUUUCCAUUAUAUGCCAUCUGCUUAGGAUUUCAACUUAUAACAAUGAUCAUAAGUCAGGACAACAAUAUUCUUGAAAAAUUUAAAGCACAAAAUCAGGCAAGCACUCUUCAAUUUGUCGAGAACGUGCAAAUUGAAGGGACCGUAUUUCAAAGAUUUCCUCCAGACUUGUUAAAGAAGUUGAGCACAGAUUCUCUAGUCAUGCAAAAUCAUGCUUAUGGCAUAUCCCCGGCAAAGUUUCUUGGUAAUCAAAAGUUAUCAAGUUUUUUCGAGAUUCUGACAACUUGCAAAGACGAAGAAGACAAGGUUUAUGUUUCCACGGUACGUUCGAAAAAAUAUCCGGUGACAGGCUUCCAAUGGCAUCCAGAGAAAAAUGCCUUUGUAUGGGGCUCAACAAAAAUUCCACACACACAGGAAGCCAUUCAGACAACUCAGUAUGUUGCAAACUUCUUGGUCAGUGAAGCUAGUAAAUCCUUAAACAGACCAGUUGCUCAAGAAUUGUUUGACAAUCUCAUUUACAAUCCCUGUCCAACUUUUUAUGCAAAGGAAGGGAAAGCAUAUGAUGAAGUUUAUGUAUUUGUAUAAAUCUAAUUGCUGAAGAAAAAAUCCAAAAUUUUGAGGGCGUCGACUAUAUUUUACCGCAACAUAUAUAAAGAUUCCCAACGUAACCGCGACUGUAAUCGCAUUAUAAAACUAUAGUGUGUAAUACUUGUAUUAGUAUUGUAUUCGCAACACUGUGUUGAAUGCAUCCGUUACCAUAGUUGUUUAAUGUGUAGCUUUCCUCCUAGUUGUAAGUCUUGUAAAACUCUGUUAAACCAAAUCACAUCUCUGAACCAACAAUGAAAGUGCUCAAUAUUUUCUUGCAAGUUAAUUCUCCAAUUUGAGGAGGCAUUGAUGCUAAUGAAUUGCAAUUUGUAAUCAUA